AUGAAGCUCAUUUUGUUCGUGGGGUGUGUGCUGGUCUCCAUUCUAGCAACAGUCUCAAGCUCCAUGUUUGACCCAAUACUGGAUGAAGCCUGGUUCAGCUGGAAAUCAUUUCAUAGGAAGCAAUAUAACAAGAAUGAUGGAAAUUACAGAAGAAAGGUGUGGGAAGAAAAUAUGAAAUACAUUGCUAAGCAUAACCUGGAACACUCAAUGGGAAAGCACACAUUUACAGUAGGAAUGAAUCAGUUUGGAGAUCUGACCACUAAGGAGUUUGGACAGUAUUUGAAUAAAUUCAGCAAAAAGGAAGCUGGGAACAUGACACACAAAGUGCUUACAGCACAGAAGAAUGUUGAACUGCCUUUGGCUGUUGACUGGCGUCCCAAGGGUUAUGUUACUCCAGUGAAGGACCAGGGGCAAUGUGGCUCUUGCUGGGCAUUCAGUACAACUGGAGUACUUGAAGGACAAGUGUUUAAGAAAACUGGAAAGCUCAUUUCCCUAAGUGAGCAGUACCUGAUGGAUUGUACCCAAGCUGUAGGAAACAGAGGCUGUAAUGGUGGAUAUAAAGUGCGGGCCCUUCUAUUUAUCAAAGAAAAUGGUAUCAAUUCAGAACAAUCCUACCCCUACACUGCAAAGGAUGGGGAUUGUAAAUCCAACAAAAACGAUAUUGUCGCCACUUGCAAGGGUGUCAGGAUGAUUCCAAAAAAUUCUGAAAUGGAUUUAGCUGCAGCAGUAGCCACGGUUGGACCAAUAUCUGUUUCUAUAGAUGCAGAGCACAGAUCUUUCAUGUUGUACAAAUCAGGUAUUUUUUAUGAGCCACGUUGCAGUUCUGUCAAACUUGAUCAUGAAGUGUUGGCAGUCGGAUAUGGGACUGAAAAUCAGAAGCCAUAUUGGAUUGUUAAGAACAGUUGGGGAGCAAAUUGGGGCAAUGAAGGAUAUGUCCACAUGGCUAAGGACAUGGAUAACAACUGUGGAAUUGCUACAGAUGCAGUUUAUCCUGAGGUGUGA